CUCAUUUGCUUUUAUAUCUUUUAGAUUCAAUUGGCUUCCCACAAAGGCCAAUUCUGUAUAUAAGGAAAUAGAUAACUUCAUUGCUCAACUAUCUCCACCCUGCAUCUUUCAAAGUUGCAAUUUGCAAGUCCCACUAAGUCUACUACUAGUACCUACCACUCAAAUCAACUUCAUUACUCACCUUGCUCAUAAGCACCACUUCAUGGCUUCUACAGAUAUUGAGUACAAAUCAUCUUCAACACCACCUCCUCCGGCUGGAGUGGAUUAUUUCAAAGUUCAUGUGAUCCUCAGAUUCCUGUUGUUGGCCGCAUCAGUGGUGGCACUUGGAGUGAUUGUCUCCAGUGAUCAAACAGAGCUAGUCCUCUUCCAAGGUACGCUUGUACCUCAGCCAGCCAAGUUCCAGCACUCACCAGCUUUUGUAUAUUUUGUGGCUGCAUUCAGUGUCUCUGGCCUUUAUGCCCUCGUUUCUGCUCUAGCCUCUAUCGCUGUAAUCCAGCAGCCAGAAUUCAAACUGAAGUUCCUCCUCAACUUUAUCUUCUGGGAUACACUAAUACUGGGGAUAAUAGCCUCAGCAACAGGAGCAGCAGGAACUGUGGCAUAUAUUGGUUUAAAGGGAAACAGUCAUGUGGGUUGGAUAAAAGUUUGCAAUGUCUACGACAAGUUCUGUAGGCAUCUUGCUGGAUCCAUAGCUGUGGCUUUGUUUGGCAGCAUUAUCACUGUUCUGCUCAUCUGGCUUUCAGCUUUCACCAUUUACAGCCGAGUCCCCAAGUAGAAGGAAGGAAUACGAGCCAUUCAGCAUAUACAUAUUCACUAAAUCAGUGUGUCGAGUUAAUAUUCAUAGUUUGGUGUGAAUACCCUUUUGGUCUUUGUGAGUGUUUCUUCUAAGGUGGUGACCAUAUGUGAAAAUGAAUGAUAGUAACACAUUCUUUUCACAUAUUCUUUGUCAUUGAAUGAAAUUCAUGUGAGUCUUGCUAUAUGAUGCAGGUAGACUCCAUAUUCACCAAGUUUCAUAUAAAUUACAUCUAGGAAUAAUGUACAUAUUGAAAAGUUGUGUCAAGUAAUCCGCAUCUAGCAUUUCUCACGUUUGUGAAGUGUAAA